AAUAAUCCAGAAGAAGCAUGAGUGCCAGCAAACUCUCAGUGUCAAGCGUGCGGGGCUCGAUAAAGGAGCUGCUCGCCGACGCCAAUGGCGAGAAGAAGCGCAACUUUGUAGAGACCAUUGAAUUGCAGAUCGGUCUCAAGAAUUACGAUCCCCAGAGGGACAAGCGUUUCUCCGGAACCGUCAAGCUCCCCAAUGUUCCUCGCCCCCGCAUGUCACUCUGCAUUCUUGCCGAUGCUGCUGACAUCGAUCGUGCCAAACAAAUCGAGCUCGAAUACAUGUCUGUUGACGAUCUCAAGAAGCUGAACAAAAACAAGAAGCUUGUCAAGAAGCUCGCCAAGAAAUACGACGCUUUCCUCGCGUCUGAGACCCUCAUCAAGCAAAUACCCCGUCUACUCGGUCCCGGUCUCUCAAAGGCUGGAAAAUUCCCUACCCCCGUCUCCAACGCCGAAGAUCUUAGCAACAAGAUCACGGAGGUUCGCUCUACCAUUAAGUUCCAGCUCAAGAAAGUUUUGUGCUUGGGUGUCGCCGUAGGCCAUGUUCAGAUGACGGACGACCAAGUCCUCGGCAACGUCAUGCUGAGCAUCAACUUCCUCGUCUCAUUGCUGAAGAAGAACUGGCAGAACAUCAAGUCGCUGCACAUCAAGACGACGAUGGGCAAGCCCGUUCGCCUCUAUUAAUUGAUCGGUUUUUGGCAUUGGUGUUGGAGAGAUGUUCCGAAUGAUGGUCAGACUGAAAGGCGAUCGUAAUGCAUAACAUGAAGCCCCGCACGCUUAUACCAACGGUUUCACGGGAGGGAACUGAUUGGGAGCUGAUAUGGUUUGCCUUUGGGGUUUUGUCCAAACUUCGACAUCUUUUUACUCAUAUUACGCCAAAUAAAAAAAGAUUUUAUAAG